AUGGCGACACCCGGCGGCACACCAAACCAGGCAAAGAAGCCACACACGAAGACACCUGCGAAGACGCCUGCUAAACAGAAAGUGAAGAAAGCGAAUGCACCAAAGACACCUGGUUCACGCAAAGGCUUUGGGAACCAUGGAUGGAAACGUACUAUAAUCAUCCUAUUAGAGAAGCUAGGAGAGCAACAGUUCAACGAUCUUUCGAAGCUUUGGUGUGUCAUACCAGUCCUUCUUACUUCGAAUACAAAGCAAAGCCAGCCCGGCAUCAUGAAAAGGAUUGAAGAUGGGGAUUAUACCCAUAUAUUAGUUGGCCCCGAACUGGCAACUAAAGGCAUCUUCCCGGAGUUAUUGAGACUUCCCAAAUUAGGGCGAAGAAUCGGACUAGUCGCCAUCGAUGAAUGCCAUCUUAUAUCACAAUGGAGUGGUUUCCGAAAUGCCUUUCUCCAGCUUGGAAUUCUGAGAGAUAGUCUUAGACAAGACGUUGUUUGGUUAGGGUGCUCUGCCACUGUCACAAAGGAGGUAGAGGGAAUCAUAUUAGACAAGGCUGGAUUUCAUGAAGUUAGUGAUAGUUUUCAUCAGACGGAGAUCAUCCAAGUCCCAAUUGACCGAGAUGAUAUCUUUUUUGAUAUGAAGCCUAUACCACGUGUUUCCAGUAAAGAGGCGUCACCACAGAAUAUACUGAAGACGAUUAUUUUUGUUGAAAAUAUCUCAGAUAUUAUAGAGGCCUAUCUUGCUCUAUGUAAUAUGCUAUUCGUCCAAACCGCAAUUGAUUCUACCAAACCAUAUCUUCGUUAUGGUACUGGAGAAUUGAGUGUUCGUCAGGUCAUAAGGCCAUACCAUUCGCAUCUUGCUAAAACCGACAAGGAUUUGUACGUCAAGGAAUUUAUGAAGAAGCACUCUACAAUUCGUAUCAUGAUUGCAACCAACGCCUUGGGUAUAGGUAUCGACUUGCCGGAUGUGGACCAAGUUGUCUGUUGGAAGUUUCUUAUUAACUUUGAUAUCUAUGAUCUCUUUCAGAAAGCAGGUCGAGCAGCACGCGGCCAGGGUCGGACGGGUAGAGUGGUAAUGAUGUUUCCUUACUGGGCAUUUGUCCGAUUCGGAAUCGAUGAAAAUGAUAGCACGGAGACGAAUGGGACCACGCAAAAGAACUUUAAGUUCAUUCACGUCGAUCCAAGUCAAUGGUCAAAGGCAAAUUCCCGGCGCAAUAGCCAGUCAAGCACUACGACGUUGCUAGAUGACAUCUCAGAUACAGAGAGUGUACGAUCCACUGUACGAGAUGAUUAUAUACUCAGUCAUAUAGAUUCAUCCCUGGAGAGAAGGACAUGGAAUUGGAACGAGAAAAAAUGGCGCGCAGGCCUUGCAAAGAAGGGAGCAGCUCUGAAAAAGAUUAUUAACAAUCUAUGCCAUAGGGAUCCUUUCUUAAGCCCUCUUGGGCAGAACACCAAGUCCUUAGUGAGGAAAGAGGACUGUUGCAAUAGAUGCAAUCUAUCUCGUUCUAUCCUUGAUUUUAUAGCACCUCAGAAAUCGAAUGAUCUGAGUACUAGUAUUGAUGCUAAGUUUGCCUUUGCAUACAUCACGAGGUGGGCUAUAUAA